AUUCGGGUCCUGGGAUCCAAGAUGCGUCCCAAAUUUCGGUGUCGGGUUUGAGUCUGGUUUCGUUCGCAUGCACACAUCUGCCCAUGACCCCACCCGGACGCCUUCAACUCGAACUCUGCUUUUUUCCCUUGGCACGCUUCGUUUCUUUUAUACGUUUCUGCUGAUCCUUAUGCUUACAUAUGUAUUGUAUGUAACUACUAGUUUGGUGUAACAGAGUCUUCUGUCAAUUUACACAUCCCCUGAAACUGCUUAUAUCUCAAUUCUGAGACAAAAGUUUACGAUUCGAUUGUUAAUUCGUAAUUUCAAAUUGAUCUGAAUCCAAUUGUUGUUGUUCGUGAAGAGCUAGGUUUUUUAAUUAUUUUUCUUCUCAUAAUUGAAUUCAUUGGAACGAAGAGAAUGCAGCAGGAUUCUGCGUCCGAACAGGAACCGGACGAUUCUGAAUCUGAACCGGAGUUUGUCGAGCUCGAUCCUUCUGGUCGUUACGGCCGGUACAAAGAGGUUUUGGGAAAAGGAGCUUUCAAGAAAGUUUAUCGAGCAUUUGAUGAAUUAGAGGGGAUUGAAGUAGCUUGGAAUCAAGUUAAAGUUGCUGAUCUCUUGAGGAAUUCUGUGGACUUGGAGCGUCUAUAUUCUGAAGUUCAUUUGCUUAAAACCCUCAAGCACAAGAAUAUCAUCAAAUUCUAUAACUCGUGGGUUGACUCGAAAAAUGAGAAUAUCAACAUCAUUACUGAAAUUUUCACUUCUGGGACUUUAAGACAGUACCGUAAGAAACAUAAGAAGGUUGAUGUUAGAGCACUCAAGAAUUGGUCUAGGCAGAUAUUGGAGGGUCUCUCAUAUCUACAUGGUCAUGACCCUCCAAUUAUUCAUCGUGAUCUUAAGUGUGAUAACAUUUUUAUCAAUGGUAACCAAGGGGAAGUUAAGAUUGGUGACUUGGGACUUGCUGCAAUUCUUUGUAAGGCUCGCGCUGCUCAUAGUGUCAUUGGUACACCAGAAUUCAUGGCGCCAGAACUUUAUGAGGAGGAAUACAAUGAGCUAGUAGAUAUCUAUGCCUUUGGUAUGUGCCUGCUGGAGCUCGUGACUUUUGAGUAUCCUUAUGUUGAGUGUUCCAACGCUGCUCAAAUAUAUAAGAAAGUGACAGCAGGAAUUAAGCCUGCCUCAUUGGCAAAAGUGAAGGAUCCAGGAGUUAAAGCCUUUAUAGAUAAAUGUAUCGCAAAAGCUUCUGAUCGGUUGCCUGCUAAGGAACUAUUGAUGGAUCCCUUUCUCCUUUCAGAUGAGGAUUCUGGAAAUAUAGGUCGAUCUUUGAGCUCCAAUUCCAGACAUGCAGAAAUGAGGGAUGAUCAGUCUGAUAAUGGAAAAAGUACUAAGGACCCUUUGCCUGAGGGAGCUAGAGAUUUCACGGUGCAGGGCCAAAGGAAGGACCUAAAUACAAUAUUUCUUAAACUGCGAAUAACUGAUUCAACAGGUCAUAUUAGGAACAUUCACUUCCCCUUUGAUAUUCAAGUUGAUACGGCAAACGCUGUUGCUAGUGAAAUGGUCGAAGAGCUGGACCUGACAGAUCAGGAUGUUUCAGCAAUAGCAGCAAUGAUUGAUUCUGAAAUUCGGUCAUAUAUCCCAGAUUGGGCACCAAGAGAAUGCUCUAGCAAUGACAUAACUGAUGAAGUUGCUCCCGGUAGCUGUACUUCUAGAGCCCGAGAUGAUGUCCCCCCCUUAACAAUCGAUUCUGCUCAUUCGGGCAGUCUUGUGUUGGAAAGACUUCCUUCAGGUCGGAAGUACUGGUCUGAUUCACCGAAAACAGCCAGUAGUGCAAGCUCUCCGCUCAGACAGGGGCCUUCAAACAUGUCACAGACCGAUUCACCAAUUCGUGAAGGUAGCUGGACCGAAGAAAAUGAACAAUCACCUGUUGUCCUGAGAGAGGGAGGCAGUUCACAUUUUGAUGCUGCCUUACUCGAAGAUUAUGAAACUGAGACUUACAUGGAUGAUGAGGCCAGUGUUCUACAUGAUUCUUACCUUGAUGAUAAUGAUCAUUCUGCGGAUUUUAGUUACUCAAGCAGGCCUAAUUCAUCAGAGGAAAGAAAUAACAUGAUCAGCAACAACUACCCAGCUGAUGUCAGACAAAUUGUCAAGAAACUCGAGGAGCUGCUAGGUCAGCAGCAAAAGGAGCUAAAUGAUCUCAGGAAGAAACAUGACUCGGCUAUAUCAGAUAUUCUAAGUAAGCUUCCUCCUGAGAUCCGUGGCAUUUAUGGUUGCAAAAUAUCUUCCCAUAAUUUGUAGUGCGGAUGAGGCUGCUAUUCUAUGGAUCCUGAAGACUGAAGUUUCUCCGUGAAGAUGUUACAGUGCGGCCUUUUGCCACUCAACUGCAGAUAGUUCUUGGAUUGAACCAAUUAUCUGACUACCCUUGAAAGGUUUCAAGAUAUUCCAGAAUGCUGAAAGAUUAAUGUUGCUGACAAUGGUCACAUGCAGAUCAAAAGCUAGAGGGGAAAAGCAUGGACCUAUCGUUAGAUACAGAUUCACUUCUGUCAAGGUUACCAUCAUUUCAGGGCCAGGAAUUACAGUAAUACAGGUUUCUCAUUACACGCGUAUGGUGCGUCUGCAAGUCAUGUUGCUGCUAAAAAUGAGUCCUUGAAUUUCAUGGCAUGUAUACUUGUACAUAUUUACAUGAGUAUUUUACUAUUGGAAAUGUCAAUUGGUUGAAAUAAUGCGUUAGUAUAUAACUUCAUAAGUUUCUUUGAUUUUAUCAUUGGUGUUCACUAGAUCUGUAAAAAAAGUAAGUAAUAUUAUCUGAAUGAUUCUACUGUUUGCUGUUG